AUGGGUUCUCCUGCGGCGGUAACUUAUGGCCCCAUCUUUGUUGGCUGUGUCCUCAACAUCGUGUUGUACGGCAUUAUGAUCACCCAAACAUUUUUGUACUUCACCGUCUAUAAGAAGUAUGUCGUCGUGCAACAGUCUUCCCGCGUUGCGUCUUAUCACUACCAUGACAGGGACAAAUUAUGGAUGAAACUUUUCGUCGGAACUCUCUUCCUCUGCGAUACACUCAACUGCGCGUUCGACAUUGCCUUCGUUUAUGUCGCACUUGUGGACGGAUUCGAUAACCCCAUUGGUCUUGACUAUGCGUCAUGGGUUUUUGCAACGGAUCCGGCUAUGACAGCAUUCAUUGCGCUUUUCGUUCAAAUGUUCUUUGCGUGGCGUGUCAAGGUUCUUACCAAUAGUAUCCCGGCCGUCCUGUUCGUCAUGUUCUGCUCUCUGUUUCAAUGGUGCGGCGGCGUUGGCACGGCCAUCGCUGUGGGCAUGAUUCCAGAGUUCGUUCACUUCCAGAGAUUCGAGGUGAUUGUCAUCAUCUGGCUGGCGUUCUCUGCCGUGGCGGACUCUUCUAUCACAGCGGCUCUUGUCUGGCACCUUUAUGCCCUGCCGUUUUUGUUCGAGGAACAGACGAUGUUGACGACGUUUUUAUGUCAGCCGUCCGGAUUGCACCUCAUCUUCAAUCUUCCACUGUCCAAAUUGUACACAAACUCCCUGAUGUCUAGCUUGAACUCUCGCGCUGGGUGGAAGUACGGUAAUGUCGGUGCAAGCACGGGCAUUAGCGAGAUGAGCCACGGCAAUAUCAACGGCCUCAGCAUGAAGAGCGAGAUCGGCAAGCGGGGCGGACAGCAAGUAUUCAUCGACGUUGAAUCGCAUGAAAUGGUCGACGUCCUCGAAUCGGACAAGCACCCUCUGCCGUCGCCGUCAGACUCGGAGAUGUUGAAGAUGUAUGCUGUGGAGUCGCGCGUCUCGACGGAGAAGCAGCAUGCUAUCUCGAUGACAAUGUCUGUCGUGAUGAUUGAUGGAGGCAUACUGGCACCCAUCCACGUCGCGAACGCAGUGUACGGUUUGAUCUUUGGUCUAGCAGAUGGCUGCGAGCAAGGGCCCUCUGCGCAUGAUAUGGUCGAGGAAAGACUUGCCAAUCUUCUUAGCUCCCGCAAGAAGAUGACGAUGAAGAGUCCAACCUGA